AUGGUCGAAAAGCUCGACAAGGAUCUCGUGGCAGAUCCACAACUGCCAUACAACGCGCAUCAGGACACUCAAGAUGCCCUCUCGAUCAACGAGAUUUCACUCGUCGCCGCGCCCGUGGCAGCACUCGACCCCAACUCAGAAGAGUACAAACAGCUCGAAAGACGGCUUGUCCGCAAGAUUGACUUGCGUUUGAUGCCAAUCCUAGUCCUAUUAUACAUCCUAAAUUACCUCGAUCGUAACAGCAUUACGACCGCUCGAGACUCCGGCCUGGUAAAGGACCUGAAGCUCGAGGAUCAAGAGUACCAAACCGCCAUCAGUAUCCUCUUUGUCGGCUACAUCACCUUCCAGAUCCCGUCCAACAUGCUCAUGACCAAGCUCGGCCGACCCUCGCUCUACAUCCCGACGUUUGUUGCGCUUUGGGGCAUCGUCUCGGGCUGCACCGCUGCUACCACGGGUUACCACUCGCUGCUCGCCGUCCGCAUCUGCUUGGGCUUUGUCGAGUCUGCGUUUUUCCCCGGUGCGUUGGCGCUGCUGGGCUAUUUCUACAAAAAGGAAGAGAUGGCCACACGCACGGCGAUCCUCUUCUCGGGCAGCAUUAUCAGCAAUGCCUUCUCGGGGUUGAUCUCGGCGGGCAUCUUGAGCGGGAUGGAGGGCAAGGCGGGACUGCCAGCGUGGAAGUGGCUGUUUAUCCUGGAAGGAUGUGUGACGGUGGUGGUGGCGGGGAUUGCCGUGUUCAUUUUGCCUGAUAUGCCGGGCAACUCCAAGUUCUUGUCGCCGGAGGAGAGGCAGAUGGCGGUGAAUCGGUUGUCGGUCAAUGCGGGAACGACGUUGUCGCCGAACGAUGAGGAGGGGUCGCCGAUGCAGGGCUUCUUGAUGGCGGUCAAGGAUAUCAAGGUUUGGGUGUUGGCGUUUAUGCUCACGGCAGUCACUGUUGGUGUGGGCUUCAACCAGUUCUUCCCGACCAUCGUCGGCUCGCUCGGGUACUCGCACACGGUGACGUUGCUGCUCACGGCGCCGAUCUGGUUCUUCGCCUUCAUCGCGUGUCUCGUCAACGGCCUCCACUCGGACCGCGUCCAAGAGCGUACACUGCACAUUAUCGUUCCCCUCGUAUUCGGUAUCGUAGGGUUCAUCAUUGCCUCGACCACCACCAGCCUAGGCGCACGCUUCUUUGCCCUCUUCAUCGAAGCAUCGUCGUACGCGGGGUACACGUGUGUGCUCGGCUGGAUCGCUCCCUCCAUCCCCACGCCCAAGUACAAGAAGGCAAUCGCGCUCGCCCUAAUCAAUGCCUUCUCACAGCUCGGCAACAUCUCGGCGAGCUACGUAUGGCCCAAGAAGUGGGGCCCCAAGUACUGGCAAAGCAACACGAUCAGCUCGGCUAUGUUUGUCGCGUGCAUCGUGCUUGUGCUGCUGCACAGGACCAUGUUGAACAUGGAGAAUAAGGAGCUGGAUAGGAUCAAGGAGGAGUUGCUCAGCCGCGGAGGGGCAAGGGAGGCAGAUGAGGACGUGAAGGCUGAGGCCAAGGUGGAUCCGGAAUCGCAAGUGGUGGUGGACGCCAAGUCGAAGAAGCAGUUGACUCGGAUUGCGAUGGCGAAGAGCUCGUUCCGGUACAUGUUGUAG